AUGGCACCUAUCCAUUUCAUUGUCAUCAUCCAUCUUUUCCUUGCAAGUGCUGUUUUGGCAUUACUCGGGCCAGGUCGUAUGGCUGUUGGUUAUCGGCAUGCUCAUCCGGCACAGGUUGAGAGUUAUAGAAAAGCCGGGGAUGUUCUUACCUGGGAGCGGAGUGAGACUUCAGAAGAAAGCUUUUCAACAUUCGGAAUUGGUGUAUACAUGUCUCCGAAACGUAACGGAUGGGUUUGGAAAAAACAGAUAGGAAACUAUCACUGCCUUAUUACAGCCGAUGAAGCUGCUUUUACCCAGAAUUCGAAAGUCAAAAUCCCUACUUACGUGGUAACCAAGAGUGGUUUAAGAAGACCGAUUGAGGGCAUCCUGGGGUGGGUCGCAGAUUAUAUUAAAGAACAAUGCGCAGAUCCGGAUACUGCUAUUCGUCUUCCUUUGAACAGUAAGGGGAAAAUUGAGAUUAUGAUUCCCCCAAGUGAUCUUAACCAAGCUGGGGCGGAUUUGGAUCUCAGGGUGAUUUGUGAACAGAAUGUGGACGACUUACCGGACAUUGAGAUCAAUCUCAAUAGUCCUGCAUGGACAGCCAAUGCUGUGGGCAAUUAUGACUCAGAGCCAUCGGUGGAAGAUUUGGUCUGGAACUGGAGUGAUGACGAUGAAUGA